UUUAGAACUCGAGAGCGCUUGCAGAUAUAUUUUAUGCCUCAGUGGAGGUUUGUGAAAUUAUAUCAAACAAAAUAUCCCAUAAACUUCUUGUAAGCGCUCAAAGCCCUAAACCCUGCCACAACCAUCCACCCACCACCACCACUGCCACCACCCUGUAGAUUUCAUUUUCCCUAGUAUCGGAUCAUCCUCCUUUGUCUCCCUCCUCUCCUCCUUUUGUUUUUUUUUGGAUAAUAGUGUGGAGAAAUGCAAGCUAUUCAUGGAAAGAUUCGACUGAUAGGGAGGCUGACCAUCAACAAUUUUAAAAAUGUUGAUCUCAAGAGAGCAGUGUGGGACAGUGCUGUCACUAGCUCGAGCACUCAUUUUGGUUCAAAUCCCUUAUGGUUGCAGCUCAAGGAGUUUGGUACAGAAACUGGCUUCUUGAUGUCAUUCAAGAACAAUGGCAUGUGGAAAGGGGAAAAAUCUUGGACUGGGCCUGCACCGUGUUUAUCUCAAUUGGUUAGACUUGUGCCAACCAACAGGUGCUUCUCAACAAUUGGAAAUUCAGUCGAAUCUGCUCCUCAAGAUGCUUCUGUCACUACAGCGAACAUACCUACACGGAUCAAAUUUAAGAGGCUUGAUAAAACAGCAAGGCACAUAAUGCAGAUUCUUGAUAAGGAAGCAGUUGAGGAAGUGAAGUCAAAGAGAGGGAUUCCUGAAAUUAAACCUGGUUAUAUGGUCCAGCUCAAAGUGGAAGUGCCUGAGAACAAAAGACGUGUUUCAGUAAUUAAAGGCAUAGUAAUAGCAAGACGAAAUUCUGGUAUCAGUACAACAUUUAGAUUGAGAAGACUUGUGGCUGGCGUUGGCGUUGAAUCCCUUUAUCAACUGUACUCGCCUAAUAUCAAGGAGAUUAAGGUACUGGACAAAAAGAAAGUGCGGAGGGCCAAGCUAUACUAUCUCAGGGACAAGAUGAAUGCACUUAAGAAAUAAUAGCACGUUGUCUAAGAUGAAAAGUGUAUGUGAAUUCAGAAAAUGGGCAGUUAAGUGACGCAAUCCACCAACUUUAUACCAUCUGCAUUCUAUUUCUGUUGGUACAGAUAAUUUGUAGUAACAUGUCAUAAACAAUACUUUUGUGCUUUACUCCAUUAAACUGGUUAGAUCUUCUUGCUUCAUUCCUUGUAGAUAUGUUACAAAAUUUCUUACAGCAGAAUAUUCAAAGUACUCUAUGAAGAAUGUGAAAGGCCAGCUAAAGGAUUUGUUCAAAAGAUAACGCUUUAAUUUAGCUUUUUAAAAUGGUUUUCUACCAGAAGCAGUUUUACUUGGUAUUCAGGUCUUAUAAGUAGAUAAAUAUUGUUAAUUAUUCAUCAGACUAGUCACCGUUGAAGGUCAAUUGCUACUGCUUAGACUGGCCGAAAAAUUAUAAUAUCAUACACCAAAUGUGAAAUAUUUACAGUUGCUUCUGCAAUCAUAAAAGAUACUAAGUUUUUUUUCCCCUUUUGAGGAAAAAAAGGUACUAACAUUUGGCAAGGUAUAAUAAUUCUACUAACCCUUGGUCUACAUCUGAGAUUUGCAUUAUAUCAACAUGUGCUAGUGGACCUCAAAAGAGUAAGACGACUGUCGCAUGCUUACUAUGACCGUGAUCUUAAGAUUUGUCAACUAGUGCUGUUCUGUUUGUUUAUGUUUGUCAACAAGAACUAA